AUGUCAUGUAUAUAAUUUAAGCCAUUAAACUAAGAAUUGAAUCGAAAUUAAGCAGAUAAUUUAAUUUUUGAAUUAUAAAGUAUCUAAUUUCAUAAUUAACAGGAAUAAAUUCUUAUAUAAAAAUAUUUAAAAUAUGAAUCAGAUAUCUGAUAAUGUGUCAAAGCUGCUUGAGCAAUUACUUCCCUCAUCUGUUUGUAAUGAAGUAGCUUGUUUUGUGUUUUACGACGAACAUCCAAGAGAUGACAGAACCUUAGAUCUCACUGUUUGUUCUAAGAGAGGUGUUGUACAAGAAUUUUAUCAAAGGGAAUUGAUUGAUUCAAUCCUCAUAGAAAAUGUGGGUAAAGUGACAGAAAUUAUCAUUUUGAGAAAUAUUAAAUGUGACCUCUUUUAUCUAGUAGCUGCUACAAAUGAAGUUAUUAUUAUUUCGAAAAAAGAAAACCUUCAGAUACACCAAAGAAUAAAAGAUGUACAUACUUAUAAAUUAGAUGAUUUAGAAGGUAGAGGCCAGGCUUCCCUUCAAGUGAUUCGGAACGAUGAUGCUUUUCCAUUGGUUUUUGAUGAUAACUUUAGUAACCCAAGAGAAAGAACAGUAACCAUGGAUAAAGUUAAAUCUCAGGGGUCUCUCCCUAUUGAAAACCAACUAUUGAGAAAAUUAAAUGAAGCAAAUUAUUCUACAAAAUGUAAUGAAAAAAUAUUUAAAGAUUAUUUAAAAUUACGUCAAAUGGCUACAUAUUCAAUUUUUCAAAGGACACAAACUAAUUUAGAGAACUCACUUUUUAAAAUUGGGUUGCAUGAGAUAUCUCAUGCCUUGCAAAUUAAAGCAAAGGCUCCUAUUGUCAAACUUUGCAAUAAAAAAAUCAUAAUAAUAUCAAGUAUAAUAAAUAAAAAUACAGAGCCAAUUACUGAUAUCAAUUUUCUUCUACAUGGUACAUCGAAGCAUUCAUUGGAUUAUAUGACAAAGAUAUUCAACCAAAUACCUAGACCACCAUAUUGGAAGGAGAAUAAAUCACAGAUUGAUAGCUUCAGUGAAUCGACAGUAGUUGCUGUUGUUGACUUAAAAGAAUUAAAAUACAAUAUAACGAGUCGUAUAGAUUUUGAUAUUGUCGUUACUUUUACAAAAGAGGACAAAUGCUUUCUAUUACCUCUUGAAAGUGUUGCGAUUUCUGCUCUAGACACGAUGGGACCAAGUUUUGAUAUAUUAUCGGUUGGGGAAGAAGAACAUGAGAUUUUAAUGCUGGCUAUAAUUGCUACCUCGGUGAGAGUAAACUUAUGUCUUAGACAUAUAAGAAACCCAGAUAAUGAUGAUGUGGUAACACUGUCGGAAAUUUUAUGUACAUAUUUAAAUAUGGAUUCAUUGGGCAUGGGCAAUGUUGCCAUACAUAAAACAUCACCCCACCACAUACUAUAUGGUGUGAUGAUUGUUUUUCAGGAUAAUAUUAGUGAACCUGAUCAUAUAAUGAACAUUCAAGUAUACUCUAGGUCAUACUCGCAGGUUUUGGCAUUAAUUCAUUAUAUGUAUGAUGCAGUUCCUUACCCUAUUAUAGCGACUACACCGGACUUCAAAUUGACAACCAUUACUGAAGAUCUCUCCAUGUACAAUGAAAGAGAUGAGAAAACCGAAUCGAGUUUAAAUUACGCAGAGUGUGCAAGGUCUCUACUAAAACAAUCGGAUAUGUUAAAAGAAUAUUUUGAUAACUGUAUGAUAAGGAUGAGUGAGAGUAAAAAUUCGGAAAUCGUAAACAAGGUUGGCAUUGAAGUUGACGUAAUGGCGCACGGCUUACAAAAAUAUUUAGAAUUCAGAAAUCGACUUUUAGAGGAAUCCGUAAAUGGUAUCGAAAGUUUAAAUAUCGAACAGACGUACGAAUCUAUAGUUAUUGAUUCUAACAGUACAGAUUAGGCGAAUAUAUUAUAUAUAAAAAUGGAUGUUGGAAUGUCUGUUUGAAAUAAAUUCGAAACUGAUCUAUUCUGGUUGAUCGCAGCCAGUCUGGGUAUGGGCCUAAGAUUUUUCUUAUUUACCCGGGUAAUUUCUUGGGGGUAGCAACAGCAACCAGGACAUUGAUUCUGACCUAUAAGAUUCUUUUAUGGCCGUUCAGAUCCAGCGGUAGUCAUUGUGGGAAGUUUUUAUACUGCACUUUGUUUUAAAUUGCCGCUAGAUGGCGUUGUAGCACAUCAACAACUAUACAAUUCAACUGGUUGCCAUGACAAUUGGUGGACAACAUAUGCCGGGUAUUACGUGGUUUAAAUAAUAAAGAAUAUUAGUAUUUAAUAUAAUUUAAUUAAAAAAAAAUGUCAAAUUCAGACUUGUGUACAUUUAUUAAUUUACAUAGAAAAAAAAUACAAAAUUACUUACUAAAGAUGUAAAUAUAUUUUAAAUAAAUACUGUUUGUAAAGAGAGCAUUUACAGAAAUAUAAAAUAUAAAUCUUA